CUAGGAACAGAUAUCGUAAUAUGCAGAACGAAAAGCUGCAUCGAUUAAUACAUUAAAGAGUAUAUAGUACGAUUAAAAAACUUGAUCUUCGUAUCUCCGCUACACCUGCGGCUGCAAAAACACUAUUGACAACAGAUUAUCUUCCCCUCGAAGCCAUUCAUCUUUCGUUUCAAAUAUAUUUCAAUAUUGAUCGAUCGAUGGUAUUCUUAUUACGCAAACAAAGAAAGCGUACACGCGAUACAGAGUGUUCCAAAAGUCUAUCUAUAUGCGGCGAUGUUUGUACAAAAGGGAUGAUAUUUACUUUGUCCUUAUUUGCUUCGAAUUUUAUGGUACGUCUUUGAAUUUUCAUUUUCAUUUUCCGACUCCGCUGGCAGGAGUCGUGCGUUUUCCGACGAGGAGAUCGGUAGAUAAUCGCACGAAAGUUGAGAUUAAAACUGAUCCCACGGGUAUAAUUGUUACAUUAUUCAAAUAUAUAAUGAAAAAUGUAAAGUAGCGAGAAAAAAAAAACUGCCCAGACUGCAACGACGGAGCGUUUGAAUACCUGCUGAAAUAAAGUAAUGCCCUGACAUAAAAUAUGAAGUAUCUCGUAAAGCAGUAGCGUACUCAGAGAAAGGAGGGAACGAACGUCGCCAAGCAACUGCGCCCUUCUGCCUCAGAUAUCCAUUUUUUAACCAUUGAACAUUCCUUCUUUUUUAUAUGUAAGUGUAAAAGUUACCCGACGUCAUCAGACGGGAAAGGUUUCAAGCUGCCAAUCUUCGGGACCAGUCUUCAGGGGAUUCGGUAACGAUGAAAAAUGUACCUAAAACGGAGCGUCGUCGUUUGUUUCGCCGGUAAAAAGCUCGAGAGCUAAGUUUCACAUUUUCAUCUCAAAUCUGAUUAGAUUUUUCAGCAAAAUCGUCGCCAUGAAUAACGACGUCUACCUUUUCGUAGACGCGCCUUUCUUUUCCUUCCAAUUUAAUUGGCACAAGCAUCUCGUUUUCAGUUCCUUUGUAUCAUACCUUUGAAUUAAUUAUAUUCCAUUUGGUUAUAUUUUAUUCCGCCUACUCCCAAUCGCCUCUGUUUAUGUUUCGAUAACAGUCAAAACGCGUAAUGUGUUCCGGUAACGCGAUCUCAUUAAUCUCGCUUAUCGUCCCACCUUGCCCGAUAGAAUCAUCCCCUAAAAUGUUUGCCACGCGUAGGUAAACAACCCGUGUAAAAAUAAAUAUUGAUUUUAAACAACGCUAGUCGUUUCGAAGAUAUCCCCGUGGAUUUAACCGGGACACCCCGUAUACAUAGUUCUCCCGCUUCGCUCGUAUUCGACGGACCACCCAACGAAGGGGUCGCCGUCGGUGCUCUUCUUCCUCUCGUUCGCCAGUACCGCCGGGCGUUUCGACGCGGUAACACGUUGCCGUCCAGGUCGUGGGAAAACGGUCGACGCACGCAGUUCCGCCUAUAUUUCACGCUGUUCCCUCCAACGCCACUUAUCACGAAAUCUCUCCCUCGAUCUCUCCGCUUCCAAACCUUUCGAUCUCUCCCGUUCCAUCGUCCACUUCCGACUUUUCUGUCAUACUUUGCGUCGAAACUUCUCCGCCGUCACCCUACGCGCCAGUCCUUCCGCCUUUUCUAACGCGUCGCUCCUUCCCAAAAAUAGGGGAGACCCGCCCACGCGCGGAACCGCGAAACUGAUCAUCGGUUCUCGUUACCAUCCGUCGACCCUUCCGGUUCCGUUGUCCGUUCUCCAUUACAGCCGACCGUACGCGUCGAAUGGCCGAGGAUACCAUCGUGUCCAGGUGAUGAGGUGCCGUGUCGCGUGUCGUGUCGUUUCGUGCGCUAUAUACACGAUCUCGUUCCGUCCUGUUUCGCGUACACUGCGUCCUAUUCCGUCCUACCGCGCCCUAACCCGUUCGACAAAGGCGCGGCGCUGCACAGGACCACGCGACGCGUUACCACGAACCCGCCUAAUACAUUCUAGGUCAGUCGCUCUAUGUUCAAACACGCCGAUACGUUAUUCAAAUGCUCCGGCAGACCUGACUUUUUUCCUGCGCUUUCAGCGAGCCUUCGGGGAAUAGUUCUCAAAGUAUUUUUAAAGUAACCGCUAGGGUGGCUCUACCUCUAUCGCACCCUCCGACCGACGUAAGAAGUCAAUCUUGUAAAAGUAGUUAUUACCGAAAGUUAAGAAUUUAGGAGACAGCUGCGCUCCUCCCCCACACCUUCGCCACGUUUCAUUGAAAUCGGUGGUAACAAAGUAAGCGGAAAGAAUUCAUCGCUAAGACUCUUCCGGAAGGCAAAUCGUUGAUAGAUGCUUGUGCCAACUCGAUCGCAAAAUAUUGAAACAAACGUUCGCUUUCGGAUUGAUCUAAGAACGUAAAGAGAAAUGCGGCGGAAGCAGAGGCUGGAGGAUAGAUAGAUAGCGAGACAGAAUUGACGGAAGGGAAGUUUAACGCGCGGUAUUGUGCGAUGGGUGUGCCGCGUGUAGAAACGCGGAGGAUGAUUUCGCGAGGGGUCGGCGAUCGAACCGUCCCGCCUCGAUCUUCGAAUCGAUCUCCUCAGGGAUCAGCUACCGUUCCGUCGACGAUCAGGCGAUCGAGGACACCGAGUUCGACCCGCGCCUUCCUCCGAGGACGCUCGAUGCUUUGGAUUGUAUUCGCGAUUCAGCUGAUCGGAGCACCGGCGAAUUCUGACAAGACCGGGGACAUCGAGGUGGAAAUCAAAGUGCCAAGCGAGGCCAAAGUGGGAUCCUCGGUGGAGCUGGGAUGCGAAUGGCGACUGUUCGGCCGGAGCGGGCUUUACUCGGUGAAAUGGUACAAGGACGAUCACGAGUUCUUUCGAUACGUGCCGGAGUAUAAUCCCAGGAUACAAACGUUUCCGCAGCCAGGCGUAAACAUCGACAAGUGGAAAAACGAAAAAUCAAUCAGGCUGAGGGACCUAGGCGUGACGAGCUCGGGACAGUACAAGUGCGAAGUCUCCACUGAAGCACCGUCGUUCGCCACUACCUACCGGACGGCCAACCUGACUGUGAUCGCACUCCCCGAGCGAGGUCCAGAGAUCACUGGCCUAUCAUCCUCGCAUUAUGCCGUCGGGGAAGACGUGACGGCGAACUGUACCGUAUGGCCGUCCGUGCCUAAGGCUGCUCUUCGUUGGGUCAUCAACGGUAAACCGAUUGCGAGCGAGAAGACGAUCCAAUACCCGGAACGUGGAAACUCAAGCCUCGCGGCAACACCCACCAGCCUCGGGCUACGCGUGGAACUCGAACCGGGGUACUUGGGGGACGUCAACGGGGCUACGACGGUCCUCGUCAAAUGCAUAGCACAGAUCGGCUCGAACGCCCUCGAAACCGAGAAAUCUGUACCGAUAGCGCGCGUUAACAACCAACGAUUGAGCGCUGGGGACACACGCAGCAGAGGACACGGGACGCAUCGGCCAUCCACCGAUCGUUUCUGGCUUCUUUCGCUUCUGAUCCUGACGAUACUCGCGACGUGACACGCACACGAGCACGAGCAUGUGUUGCGGAACGUUUCCCUCCGAGGAACUUUCUCGUAACCAGCGACGGGUGUUCAAGACUGAAUUUUCGAUUCCCUUUGAAUGUCAUCCGACGCCAGAAGGGACUAUCGAAGAGCUCGAUGGGUCUUGAAACUCUCGACGAGCAUUCUCGUUGAAUUCACUGAUUCGUGCAGCUGCGAAUUAUUUAUCGAUCCUUAGAAGAUCGACGAAGAGAUUCGAUAGGUGUUUAAAUUAAUUCUGUGCCUCUAUAUUAGGACUUAGGUUACGUUACGUAUAGAUUCGUUACGAUAGAGACCAGAUCGAGAAAGUUGGUACAUACAAACACAGCGACGAUUAAAUAUUUCUACUUAAACUAAAGUUAUAAAUUAUUGAACGUGAAAGCACGGAAUACAUUUCCACGCCUAAUACGUUCAAGAUUUAACGACUCAAGAAGAUUUAAAUAGGGACGCGUUGAACGCAUUACGAAGAUCGGGGACUUAGCGUUCACGAAUCCGUGAAUUUAUGUAUUUAUACAGAAUGUUUGAACUUCGUUAGUAGUUUUAAGACCCGACGGGGCUUCGCGACCGAUUAAAAGUUUCAGGAUCGAUUAAAAGUUUCAAGACCGACCGAGACUCUUUAGUUAUUCUGGUAUCGAAUAACAUCGGAGGCGAAUCGAGUUUGUCGUCGGAUUCGUAGCGAUUCCGAUCGAUUCGAACCGAUCUUGAACCGAUCUUGAACCGAUCUUGAACCCUCCACCACUCGGAGCGGAGUUAGGCGUUACACGCGGUAAUCGCGUUCCGAUAUCCGUCUGAUUACCAGUCCGUAAGAGUCCACCAACUUCACGUGCACACGUGACGUUCCGAACGUGCACAUCUCAACAACUAGAAUUUACUCACGGCGAAAGGAAAAAUUAUGCACGAUUCGAGCACGAUGUUUUCAUAUGGUGACUCGCGAUAGCUUCGGAGAUUCAAGGAAGAUUAUUUCAUAAAUACUAUACACGACUAAACAAACAACGAUUUCUUUUUUCAGAGAUAAUGUGAAAUUCAUGCAGUCGCGAACGAGCAACGCGCGUAUUUAAUAUCGAAGCGUGAUUCGAUGCUUCCGCGCUGUUCUCCGCGAUGAUUUUCACGCCUGCACACGACACGUGUGCACGUGGUUUUCGGCACGAGUAGAGAAUCGUAGGCUCUAGUCCAUAAGUAUGCGAUUUCGAAUAGUUUAUCGAGUUUACCGAGCAAACGGGCAAACGGAAAAGCUCCCAGCCGAGCGAACACGCUUUUCCACGGAACGGGAAGAUAAUGGCGUUUUUUCGAUUCCUAAUCGUCACUCGUAGGAUCACUCGUCUCGAUGCUGACUCGUUUGACCGUGCACGCUGUGAUAUUAAUGAUAAGACGUGUGGAGGUAUAGUAGUCGUGUGUGUCAACGUCCUCAUUCGAUAAGACGUGUCUUAAGUUUCUCCUAGAUACUCUAACGACGAU